AAACACCAAGAAGAAGAAUAACGUGAAUUAAACAAAUGGAUUGUCCUUACAGUGCUCGCAAUUCUUAUUUAAAAUUCACCGUAAGUAAUUUAUCAGCGUUUCAGUUGCGUUUUCACUGAGCCAGGUAAACGCUAAACAGUCUUCUAGUUAACGAGUAUUAUAACAUUUAGCUUGGUGAGUAGUAACUUGUCACCAGUUCCGAGUGUAAAGUCAAAAUGCCGCUUGGUUUAAAGCCAUGUUGUGCAGUGUGCAAGACGAACUCAUCUUCAAUGUGGAAGAAAGGAAAUCAUGGAGAGAUACUGUGCAACAACUGCACAGGGAAGCACAGUACCAUUGGAACAGCCGGACCUUCGGCUACUUCCAGCAUCCAACAAAACAAUGGCGGCGUAAAACAGUCGAAACAGGAAAUCCAUCGUAGAUCAGCACGAUUGAGAAGCACGAAGUACAAGGCACCCGCUUCCGAGAAAAAGGUGUCCACAAAAGGAAAGGGAAGAAGGCACAUUUUCAAGCUGAAAAAUCCAAUCAAAGCUCCAGAGUCAGUGUCUACAAUCAUCACAUCAGAGUCUGUUUUUUACAAGGGUGUCUAUUUCCAAAUAGGAGAUGUAAUCAAAGUAACAGACGAGGAUGAUGGGAGACCGUACUAUGCACAGAUUCGGGGCUUUGUUCAAGACCAGUAUUGUGAGAAGAGUGCAGCUUUGACCUGGUUAAUACCAACACAGGCCAGUCCCAAAGACCAGUUUGAUGCCAGCACUUACAUCAUAGGUCCAGAAGAGGAUCUUCCGAGAAAAAUGGAGUACCUUGAGUUUGUUUGCCAUGCGCCUUCUGAGUAUUUCAAGUCAAGAAGUUGUCCUUUCCCCACAAUUCCUGUUGGUCCAGAGAAAGGCUAUAUCUGGAUGCAUAUUGGAACCACACCAGCAACUUCGAUUAAAGAAUCUGUUGGCAGUACUAAUUAGACUGGCUAAUAUUUGUCACAGACUUGAGUUGAACAUUUCACAUGUGAAAGUCCGUCAAACUUCCACAAGGGAAGUUUGUGUGUGAUGGUCUUUAUUGUCCACCCUCUCCUAGAUUUCAUGAUUUCAUACUCGGCAGGACUGGAUGUUAAUUUUGGACAGAAGAAUAAUAAUGAUGAAGGUUACUUCAAAACUGUGUACUCAUAAUUCACCUUUCCAUAUCCAUUUUGAACUUAAUCCUGACCCAUGUAACCAAGCACAAUGGAAUGAAUUGGAAAAUGGAAGAUACAUUUGGUUAUGACCAAAAUCUAAAAUAUGUGAAAAUAUCACAAUGUAUUUUUACUGAUAUGAUGCAGUAUCUCCUGCACUAAGGGCAGCAGGGUUUGACAUUUUGUAAUGGCCAUGGGUUUAGUGUUGGGCUGCACAGUUAGUCUUUUUUAUUGUUAUUGCAAUAUGAAUCAGUGCAGGCUUGUUUUCUUCACAAUGCCAAAUAAAUGGAGCAUUAUGUUACA